AGUGAUGACUGAUUUGGUAACUUAAAUCGCCGCUCUGUCGAUUCGACAAUAAUAAUAAAAAUAAUAAAUACAAAUUGACAAAUUUGAAAGGGCAAAGGUGUUGGAAUUAUUGAAUAGGGGAUCCAUAAGACUCUGUAAACAGAAGUAGAUGUUAAUUUUUGCAUUGUGUCAAGUUCAAACCUGGAUUGAUUCCCCAACACGGCUGGUCCUCUCCCUCGGGGGGUUGAAAAGUUGGAUUGAAAUUGUCAUACCAGUACCUCGAGAAAAAUCUAUAAUGGACGGUGAACAUAAGUCGAGCCUUGGAAGUAAGCAAGACUCCAUGGAAGGUACAGAAAAUAUAAUAAUAAACGAAGUGGAUGGCCUACCAAAUCUUCAUCCGAAUUACCAGCAGCUCGAACUAGAGUUGGAGGCUGAAAGGGAUCGGGGAGAUGCAAAUAAGAGAACAAUAGACGAACUUGUCCGUGACGAAGAUCUGCCGACUUCUGUAAUUGUUACCAAUGUUGACCCUAGGGUUUUCAAGGACGCUCAGAUCAGGAGCGGUAUAGAGACCUUAUUCAAACAAUUUGGAGAAGAUGCAACGUUUCAAUAUUUCCGAUCCUUCAGACGAAUGAGAGUCAACUACAGUUCACCUAGCGCAGCGGCUCACGCAAGAAUACAACUGCACCAAACACGCUACGGAGAAACAGAUAUCAACUGUUACUUCGCUCAACCUGUAACGCCCAUAGAUAUGGAGGACCAACAUCUUCACCCGCCAGCGCCCACGAAACAGUUUUUGAUCUCACCUCCCGCAUCACCACCGAUUGGAUGGGAGCCUCGGGAAGAAGGGGAGCCUCUCGUCAAUCACGACUUGCUGGCGGCCAUUGCUAACCUAUCGCCAGGAGCUAGUCACGAACUGCACCCAGGAGGUUCAGGUCAACCUGGUAUUGUGGUGCACGUCUGUGAGACGCAUCCAGCAAAUCCAAUGAAAACUGGUCCUCGCAUACAGCAUACACGUUGCCCAGAGUAUUAACUUAUUUUCAUGGUCAGUAUCUCAUUUUUAUUGGUCGUCCGUUCGGCGAUAAUCGAAUUGCUUACUCCAUCCAAAAGUCAAGGAUAGUUGUUACCAGCGUGUUAACAAUAAUCCUAAUUAAAAUACUGCGUACCCAAGCCAUGUUUUGUAACUUAGAUUUUUCUCAAUUACAAUUACAGAACAAAAAAAAGACAAUUAUCAAUCCACCCGUAACUAUAUUCUGAAAUUCUAGCUUUUACUGGCUAUUUAAAAAUCGUAUUUUGGAGCAUAAAUACUAUAUAUGACAAAUCAUGACUCUGGCAUCGCAAAGAACACCCAGCUUAGCGUUAUAUGUUCCCGUGUUAUUUGUUUAUAACUGUUGAUCGUCAGUCGUCUUCAUUGGGAAUAUGAAAAUAUUCAUCAUUAUUCAUUCGAUCAGAAGUUGAAAACAGAUUCUUUGCUGUAUUUCGGUGUUAACUAUUUAACUUUCGAUAUUAUCAGUAGAAAAUUUCAACGAUACAUUUACAAUUUUUGGAAAAAAAAUUAUAAAAAAAGAACAAACAAAAAAAAACUUUGAAUACAUAUAUGUAUGUACUUAGCGUAGUACACGGCGCUUUGGGCUGGAUCUUGUUACAUGUUAUUAUCUCUGAUUGUUAUUAUCGAAACUAGGAAAGAUGAGAAAGAAGAAAGAGAUUAAGCAAAACGAAAAAAUGUAAAGAAUAUUUCACCGAAUGUUGCACGGGACAAUUUACCAAAAAAUAUCUCGUCGUUCACCAUGCUUUAAUAAUUACUAAACAGCCGUAAAAAGGAGGUCGAAAAAUAUUCCAGACCUAUCUAAUCGGUUUCUAAAUUAAAACGAAUAUCUUGAGAAACCAAUUUUGAUCUCUUUAGCUGUGCUAAACAAGUAAGGUAUCCGGGUAGGUCGAGUUUGUUUUCGGACUGUGUCGAUCAAAAGAUGUGAUGCAAACUUUGAGGUAUCCGGCUUUGAGUAAAAUCAAAUACGAAAAACGAAACACACAAAACAAAAAUUAGCCAAAGGGCUUUCCCUCUCAUUUGACGUAACCCUUGGAGACGUUACAUUUCGAUGUUAAAAUGAGUGUGUGAAUGUGUUUCUUGUAUGUAUAAAUCUGUUGUAUAUACAUAUAUAUAAAUAUAUUAUAUAGUCGUUAUUGUAUAUGACACACAUAUCGGGGGAAAUGAGAAAAAAACUUGUUCCGUUUAAAAAUCUUCAGUUAGCUGAAUGAAAAUCUAUUAAUUAUUAAAAUUUUCGCCACAAUCACUUUCAAUUACGAUCAAUACAAUUAUAAUUAAUCGAUGCAACGAAAGUCAACAAAAAGAAAGGUAAGAAACUUUUUUUGAAAAUAUUUAGUCUUAUGUGCAAGUACAAUAAUUGUAGAAUUUUUCAGAUUAAGUCUAUUUUGUAAAUUAGAAAUUUCAAUCGAGUCUGCUGCUGUGUCAUUGGAUAAUGUAUAGUUAUUUUCCUCUUAAUAAUAAUUUAUUAUUCAUAUUUGAAUCUUGAUGCAGAUACAAUUCACAUACUUAUUGACUUUACACUUUAUACAAAAUGUUUUUAAAGUUUUCAUUCGGAACACGAUAACAAAUUACUACAGCGGUAUUUUAAACUGAACACGUUUCUUUUAAGUAAAACUUGAUAUUAUACCUAUAUCAUGUCACUUUUUUCUGCAUAGUAUUAGUUAUCGAUGAUGCCUACUUACAAUUAGUUAUGGAAUAUAAGUUGUAUUUAAAAUCUCUAAAAAUCCGUUCAGGCAGAUAGUGUUUGAAAAAAAGGAGGAGAUAAGAAUAGGAGUGAUUUAAACACGGCCUCUUAUUGUUUAAGGCUAAAUUCAUGAAAAUAAAGUUCAUAAGAACACAAAGAUUCUCAAAA